UCACUGUGUGUCUCCUGCACACAGUAACGCUCCCCUCCUUACCGCUCUUUAAUUCUCUGUAAAUUCCAGCGAGUGCGAGUGUGUUGCGUUGUGCAUGUGUGCGUCCCUGCCUCUGGUCGCCUGAACAUCUCAUCACAUGAGAGGAGCACAGGCUGCCUGGAUCUGGAUAACUUGAGAGCGACAGAGAAAAAGAUGAAGAAAGAGGGAAAAAAGGGAAAAUAGGGCGAGGUGAAGUAGUGAUUGUACCAGAGUGUGGCUCAGAGCGGUUGGCUGAUGACGUGAAGUGCUGCACACACAUCUGGAACAGCUUGAGCAGCUGCACCUGAAGAGAAGGGCUCCUCCGCAAAGCCUCUGCCGGCACUUUCUCUUUCCCCACUCGUGCUCUUUUUUUUUUUUUUUUGCUUCCUCCCCUGUUUUCUCUUGCAGUCUCUGAAUCUUUCUGGUUGCCGCCUGUUGGAGCGCUGGGAUGGUUACCCGCUGUGCAUCUGUAAAGAGGAGCGAGUGAACCGAAGCGAAAGAGAAGAGGAGAGACGAGGCACAAGGGGACAGUUACAUGGGAAAGAAUUAUUAAGCACGAGGUAGGAGAGCAAAGUUGACAACCAUGUUAUGAGCGUAAGUGAAGAAGAAGAGAGUGAGCGCGAGAAAAUCUAGAGAAAAGAGAGGGAUGGAGAAGGAGAGAGUGUCAAAGAGAGGGGGAUUAAGAAGCCGGAAUGCGCUGACACUGGAGACCUGAGUUUCUGUUUGCAUUUGGCACAGCACAUCCUGUCACUCCACAGGUUUACCCACACAUACACCGAUUUACCAACACACACACUUGUGUUUGCUUUGGAGGAUGAUCCCAGGAGGCCACGCCAGGAGAAGAGAACACCUUCCAAGGAGCUAUUAACCCCCCCUCCACCUCCUCACCCUGAGUUUGCCUCCCACCCAGCUUCCCAAAAGUGCCCUCCCACCCUCCCUCCGGCCCUCUCAGCCUACCUGCACUAGUCACAACACGCUGGAGCCGAAGAGUCACCGAGUCACACUUACUGAGAGCCGAGAAACCCCUGGAUUGCCUAUGGGACACAGUUGCAUUCACACUGGCUGAGAAAGACUGAGGAGCUUUACUUAUCCGCUGACCUGCAGGAUGUCUAAAGCCUCCAGGCUGGCCCGGCCCCCCUCUGCAGGGGCCGGAUCCAAGCUGCCCUCCCCGAGGAAGGAAUGCCCUGGCACAGCCGCCGUGGCCGGUCGAGCCCGGGUGCUGAGCGUGGGGGAGAAGCUGAUGAGGGCAGGUAGCGAUGGGAUCCUGAACAGACAGAAGUCUUUACCGGCCACUACGCCACAGGACAAACCACAGAGCGAGACUCAGGGCGAGCCUCAGGCCCCGAGCCAGAGUCCAGGUGAGAAGGGCCAAAAUAUGGACCCUCCUAAGAGCAAGAUCAGCCCACCUAAAGCUCAGCAGCAAGGCUCUGUGCACAAACAAACCAAAAGCAACCUGAAGGUAACCUCCCCAGAGGACGCUGAGCGUGUAAGCCGCAGACAGGCCUCCCCAAAUGGGACGGCUUCUUCCAGAGGGGACUCCAAAGGUGGACGCACUGUCCCUCGAAGGCACACAUUAGGAGGAGCCCGCAGCUCCCGGGAGAUCCUGGCUAUGCAGCCGUCAGAUAUGGACAAGAAGAGGGAGGCCUUCCUGGAGCACCUAAAGCAAAAAUACCCCCAUCAUGCCUCUGCUAUCAUGGGCCAUCAGGAAAGGCUGCGGGAGCAGAGCAGAAGCCCAAAGCACGGCCCCAGCCCCCAGCCCAGUGUCGGCGACCAGGUCGACCACCUCUCCCUGGCCUCCCUGGAAUCGCUGGACGCCAUGUCCGAGACCGAUGCGCCCACAACCUUCACCCGCGGCAGCCGGGUUCGUGCCAGCCUGCCUGUGGUGCGAUCAACCAACCAGACAAAGGACCGCUCACUAGGUGUACUGUACCUGCAGUACGGGGACGAGACCAAACAGAUUCGCAUGCCUAAUGAGAUCACCAGCAUCGACACAAUCAGAGCUCUGUUUGUUAGUGCCUUCCCGCAGCAGCUCACCAUGAAGAUGUUGGAGUCGCCCAGCGUUGCUGUCUACGUCAAAGACGACAUGAGGAAUAUGUACUAUGAGCUCGCUGAUGUCAGGAACAUCACAGACCACUCCUGCCUGAAGGUUUACCACAAAGAUCCAGCGCAGGCCUUCAGCCAUGGAGCCCGACCUGCCAACGGCGAUGCCAGGAUGCACAACGAGUUGCACAUGCGCCGCGAUGGCCAGCACCCUCUAAGACAUCCCCCAGUGGUCCCCCAGCACAUCACCCCAUGCAGGGAGCCUCCCCCCGACUCCCACUCCAUGCCUCCAUCCCCCUCCAGAAUCCCAUUGGCACGACAGGGAUCUAUACCUGGGAACGCCACUAUUUCCGAGAGACCGAUUGUCUAACGCCAACCUCCAGCUCGUUCCAUCUCGCCCUGUCCAGCGCCAUCCUGGAGAGGCGGGACGUCAAAGCCGGAUGAGGACAUGGGAGGGAAGAGCCACAGUCUCGCUCGGGGAAAUGAGGGCUUGUAUGCAGAUCCGUACUUGCUCCAAGAGGGGCGGAUGACCAUGGCUGCAGGGCACGGACCACACCCCAACCCUGGGCUGGAGGGUCCAGAACACGGCAUGGGGGGAUUUCACCGUGCCUCCAUCCGCUCCACAGGCUCCUACAGUGGGCCCAGCCCCACCGACACUAUAGAUCACCCUUCACUGUACAGGCAGAAGUCCAGGAACAGUCAGCUGCAUCUGGGUUCCAAGACUCCUCCUCUCCCUCACCGGAUGACUGAGGUACGGAUGAUUGACAUCCACAGCGGGCUCCUCAUGGUUCCCCCUCAUGGUGUUCCACCUCAUGGUGUUCCCAUGGAGAGAAGCUCACCAGUACGCCAGUCCUUCAGAAGGAGGAAGUGGGCGGUACUAACCCCGGAACAACAUGGGAUCACUGUGGUUACAGACAUCCAGGGUCACAUCCAGGGGCCCAUCCCAGCUGCCAAUGACAUCAGACACGGUAAGAUCCCAACGCGGCCGAAUAUUCUGUACAAGCGAAUGAAGGCUAUGGAGCAACAGAUUGCCAGCUUGACUGGUCUUUCAGCAUGCACUUUUAAAGGGCCCAACACUAGUGGCACCAAGGAGCCUCUAAGACUUUUUGUGGCACCGAAGACCUCAUCUCCAGCCCACAGUGCACAUAGUUCAGGUGGUUCUCCAGUUUUAGCUCCCAAGAGUAACGCAGCCCCAUCAGAGAAGAGCUCAGUUCCUCUCAAAGUCAACCUCCUGCAGUUCAGGAAGAACGUUUCUGACCUCAGGAUGCAACUCCAUCAGAUGAGACAGCUGCAGCUCCAGAACCAGGAGGCAUUACGGGUGCAGCUGAAGCGUGCCGAGCAGGAAAUCAGUAUUAAACUCGCAGAGGCCAUGCGGCGUCUGGAGGACCCUGUCCAGAGGCAGAGAGCUUUGGUGGAAGAAGACAGGCACAAAUACUUGGGUCUGGAGGAGCGUGUCCUCACACAGCUCAGUGAGCUGGAGCAGUUUGUGGGUUCUCUGCAGAAGGAUUCAGCAAACACACAAAGAGCUGUGACUUUAAGGGAUGUAGAAGAGGGAGCAGUAACUUUGAGGAAGGUGGGAGAGUCUCUGGCGGGGCCUCAAAGGUACGAUGGAGAGUUUCCAGCCCUGCAGACCAGAAUGCGUGCUGUGCUCAGAGUGGAAGUGGAAGCUGUCAAGUUUUUGAAGGAGGAGCCUCAUAAACUGGACAGCAUGCUGAAAAGAGUCAAAAGCCUGACCGAUACACUCAGCAGUCUGAGAAGAAGUGCUACGGAGUUUUCUCAGAAGGGACCUGAUCCUUCCACUGCUGUCUCAGUGGAUAACAGCCCUGCAGCAGCAGCAGAAGCCCCACCAGAGCCUCAGACCUCCACCAUCAGAUCCGAGGUGAUGCCUUCCUCCCCAAUGGUCAUACAUCAUGUCCAGAGCUCCCCGGUCCACAUGCAGCAGUCCCAGCAGUCUGCGGCCUUGACAGCUCAGCCCAUCCCACCUGAGCAAAAAUCAAGGCCGGGAAUCUCCCAAAGCGGCAGCCUCGGAUCCACCGAGUCCGCCCACCAGAAGAAGACUCAGGGGAACCCGGUGAAUAAUGGAAACGGCACUGCCAACCAGGAUCUGGUCAUAGAAGAGCUUCAGAACAGUUCAGGACAAAGCAAAAACAGAGCUAUGUCCAUAGAGCCAGCUGAGAAAGAGUGGGAAGAGAGGAGGCCUAACAUGGGUCAUUAUGAUGGAAAAGAGUUUGAGAAGAUCCUCCAAGAGGCCAGGCCAACAUGAUGGAAAGGAAUUCCUAAUCUGGAGGUGGAAGAGAACUCGGCACUGCCUCAUGCUGACGCUGCAGAACAAGAAGUCACCCACAGCCCUGCCGAGCCCCCAUCAGGAUGGAGAAACCUGCCAAGCCAGCACUGGAGAGACCCUCCAAAACUGCCAUCAGGCCCGCAGCCCCUGACAGUUUUGACCAGGCAGGGGUCUGACAAGGCGAGCAAGUCUCCACCUCCACCUCCUCCAAGGAAAACCUACAGCUCCAGCUCAGGCAUGACCACCACCCGCUCCGGAGAGGUGGUCUACACGAACAGGAAGGAGUCCGUCUCAGCUCAGGUGAGUGCAGAGGCUCCACCUCCAUCUCCCCAGCCGAAGCCCACCAAGGUUCCACCAGAGACCAAGCCGAAGCCAGCCACCCCUCCUCCUGUCACCACCUCCGUUACCAGAGAAGAGGAGGGAGGAGACAAGAUCAUGGCAGAGCUUCAGGUGUCAAAUGUCAAUGUUAAUGACAAUUCUUCAAGCCAGCAGCAGCAGCAGCAGCAGCAGCAGCAGCAGCAGAAGCCACCUCCUCUGUCUUCGCCCACCAAAUCACCUUUUAGUUCCUCCACCCAAAAGACUUCUAGUAAACAAAGCAAGCCACCUAAAGCUAACGCUGAAGACAGUGAUGAUGGGGCUAGUCUUUGUCCUGACCAACCAGGAGAAGAGGCACCCCCACCCCCAGACAAUGUUGCAUUUAUGAUCACCAACACCAAGGUUCAGGCUUUGUCUUGUGGCGAGUACCAAGAGCUGGUCAAUGCCAAGAAAGGAAGCGUCCAGACUGUUACUGUAGGCAAUGCAGCAAACCGAAGGAGCGCCCCAGUAGAUCCUUCGGUACCACAGGAUAAUGGCUUCAACAAGAAGCCUGUAAUCAUCAUCUUUGACGAACCGAUGGACAUCCGUUCAGCUUACAAGCGUCUGUCCACCAUCUUUGAAUGUGAGGAGGAACUGGAUAGGAUGCUGGCGGAAGAGCGCAUCGAUGAGGAGAGUGAGGAGUCUGACUCAGAGAAGAGUAGUGGGCUGUCGGGAAAAGGUGGAGAAACCACAGUGGUUGAUGGCAAAAUGACCCACUCACAGGGCACUGCUGAUCACGCCAGCUUAUCAUCCUCAUCUUCAUCCUCAAUAUCUGAACUAACAGACAGCGGAGUAAAUCAAGAGUCAAAUGGAGAUACCAAGCAAGAUGGUAAGAAGAAGUUCAAAUUCAAGUUCCCUAAGAAACAACUGGCAGCGCUGACCCAAGCCAUACGCACGGGUACCAAGUCAGGAAAGAAGACUCUGCAGGUGGUCGUGUAUGAAGACGAGGAAGAAUCUGAUGGGACUAUCAGGCAGCACAAGGAAGCAAAGAGAUUUGAGAUUGCACGUUCGAAAUCCCUAGCAGAAACACCCAAGGGAACGGGCACCACUGCGCCGAAGAAGCAAAACUCCGACGCCCUCUGCAGGACAGAUGAGAUUCGGAAGAACACCUACAAGACACUGGACAGCCUAGAGCAGACCAUCAAGCAACUGGAGACCACCAUUAGUGAGAUGGGGCCACGCUCCCCCGAAGAGCCGGUCGGCCCUGAGGAGGCAGAAGCUGGGAAUGGGAAAAAUUCAGAAGGAGUGGGGCUGAAGAGGUCUUCCUCUCUGCCUACCUCCAGAGGGCAUGGCCCUAAGGUACCCAGCAAAAGUUCAUUGCAGAAGAAGACAAAACCUCAGCUGCUUCCUCGCCCUGUAAUCCCUUCUACCACCAACACCGCCACCACCACCACUACUACUGUCCCCAGCACCGUACAACAGAACACCAGUGUCGCUUCCCCUACUAGUCGGAUGCCCGUCCCUUUAUCCGCGAAGUCCAGGCAGUCACCGGGCACAACUGACAAAGCAGGAAAACAACAAAAACUGCAGGACGCUCAGAGGCAGUUCCGACAGGCUAACGGAAGUGCUAAAAGAGUGGGAGGGGAUCAUAAAACAACUUCCCCCACUGUACCCAUCUCUAAAAUCCCUGCUUUUUACCCUAGCUCUACUAAAGGCAGCUCCCAGUCUGCGCCAAACUCAGAUGCUACUAAUCCCAUUAACCCUUCUUCCUCCUCCUCCUCCUCCUCUUCCUCCUCUGUGACAAAGUCCUCCAUGCUGUCCUCUCGUUCCGGUUCCCUGCCGUCCUCCCACAUCCCCUCCCUGUCUAACGGAUCCCUCAAACUGCCCUCACAGCACACAGGUAAAGCUCUCUCGUUCUCCUCGCAGACCCCCAACGGUCGAGUGCACUCCUCCUCCUCCUCUUCAUUCUCCUCCUCCUCCUCCUCAUGCUCCUCCUCCUCCCCCUCCCCUCUGUCGCCCACACCUUUGGGCCCAGGUGGAAAGAGCAUCCGCACCAUACACACCCCCAGCUUCACCAGCUACAGGUCCCACAACGGCAGCAACGGAAAAUCCUGCAUCCCAACAGCCACAGCAGCUAAGGACACUACUUAGUACCAUAAUCGCAUAGCAGGUAGACCUGGGUCAUGUUUUAUACUAUAUAGUUUUGGUUUUGUGUUUUGUUUUCCUUUUUCUUCUGUUUUUGAAAGUUUUUUGUAAAAGUAUUAAGUGACGCACUCCCUCAACUCAUCUUUUAUUUUGACACUGGCAUUCACAGACUUUUGUUCAUUUUCAAAUUUUUGCAUCAUACUUGCUUGGAUUUUGAUUCUCUCUUGAAGGUGUAACAGAAAAUAUUUUGUAAUGUAACUAAAAAGUAACCUAUUUAGUUUUGCCACUUUGUAGCUGAAGUGGAAGGCGUUCAUGUUGAAAAUAUAUUUUCCUGCUGUAGCUACGAAUAGGGAAUUUAGAGUUGAUGUACAAUCACAAAAUAUCAUGUAAAAAUUGUGUUUUAUUUUUGAAACGACAGAUUGAAUAACCAUAGUAUAUUUAAUCUUCUAUAUUUCCUAUGUUGCCAGACAUUCAACGCAGCCCUUGUAAAUGCCUUUUAUGAAUGUAUACACGAUGUAUACACACAUUUAAACACAUGUAACUUUAGUUUUCUAAGAGUAUUUUCUCAUUCUCCACCCAUUGGAACUGCCAAUUUAUUUUACAGGUGUACAACUGGUAUCAUGAGUAAUCAAGUUUUCAUUUUAUUGUGCCUAUUUGCCAAAGUUGUUGUAUAAUGACUCACUUCAGGCCUAACACAGUCAUGAGCUUUAGGGGAAUUUACAUGCACACUCUUGGUGUGACGGCUGAAGUGUUGACCUCAGUGGUUGUACUGCUGGUCUCAGUUUGUUAAGUUAACAUGUAUUGUUGUCUAAAUGUAAUCUGUACUAAAAAAAAAGAAGAUAAAACUGUUCUACCACGUGUACAUAAAUGCUUCUACUAAGAAAAAUAAGUAGUUUUGUUAACAUACCAAAGUUUAUUUGUAUGCAUGCCUUUCAGAUACUUUAGGAGAGUGGUGUAAAAGAAGAAUCAUGUUUGCACAGAUAGAUUUUGUAAAUAUUUGUUUUUUUCUCUCUUUUUUUUGUAAAGCUUUAAAUCAUACUAUAAAGGAGCAAUGUGGUAAAGACAAAACUGUGUUGGAGUAGCAAAAAAAUAAAGACUUGCAUGCUUGUAGUGCAUUGAC